CAGUCAGUCAGUCAGCCAGCGCGUCCGUCGUCGGUUAGUUAGUUAAGUUAGUCAGUCUGGCCGACGCACUCGCUUAGUAUAACAGUUUGGAGUGGUCUGGAAUCAUAAUCGGCGCGCGCAUUUCACCGCCGUACGACUGUCAUCGUCGUCGUCGGCAUUCAUAUUCAUCAGACCGCUCUCUACCGUAUCGGUGUUUGCACUUUUUUUCCCUGCAGCCUUUAUCGCUUGAGCGAGCACCUGUUGAAGAAGUGGCCAACGGUUGGUGUCGGUGUUCCACUCGAACAGCUGAUCGGUGUUGUCAAUUUGCGAACGAAUAGUUCCCGGGACCACAGAAUUGAAUGCGAAUUAUUGAUGGGUGCUAAAACAGUGAGUGGCGAUUCCGUUUUGCAGUGUAAAUGAAAUACAGUUGAUGCAUAAUUAUUGUUCUGGUUGGAUUCUAAUUGUGAUAGUAAUCAGUGUACUUAGAAGUGCCGUAAAGUCUGAUAGGAGCACAUAUAUGAGUGGAGCUGUCGGUCGUAGCGUAGUGCCGCAAAAAGUGUUGUUUUGUGUCGAUUGUACCGCGUACAGCAAGGAAGUGCUAUGGAGUGACCAAGGUUUAGUUACUGCUGCUGAGGUUAGUUGCCGUACUUAGCACAUGGAACUAGGUCGCUGGCAUCUGCUGUUCGAGUGAUAAGAAAUGUAAACUAGGUAUUGGUCGUGUUUUCUUCCUCGGUUGACUCGACUGACUGUAACACGCGCAAACAGAACAGAACAACCAAGUCCCGGCCAAAUCUGUUUGUUGGUUUUUCGCUAAUCUGUAUCAAUACAGAAUAUUUCGAGGCUCGGUAAAUAAGUACGGUUCUUAAAGUGAUUAUUUACUAGGUCGUGUAACUGCAAACUGCUUUUGUAUGACGGGGAAAGUGUUGUUCCUAAAACAACAAAAACUCACCGGCAAUUAUUAUAUCUUUGGAAAAUCCACUCCAGUGGAGGUUUUCCGCGACGAUCAGAAGUUUUGCGUUCGUUCGGUUUAAAGUGCUACAACUGAGCAGUGUGUUUCGUAUAUUAGCUUUAGGAGUAUUGUUGUUUGAUUAUGUCUACUAAUUAGUAGUGAAACGGUCCUCAUAGUGUCCAGUAGUGUUUAUAUUUGAAUUUAAGAUUUCGUGCGUUCUGGGGAAUAAAUCUUCAGAAUGUACAACGGUAAGGGUCACGGUGAGAUGGACCGGUUAACGGUCCCGACAAAGAUUAUACCAAUGAAGCAACCGUUGAUGACCAAGGAUUUGGAGUUGGAUGAAGACGAGCAUGGACUAGGCUAUACCCACACAUUGAUGUAUGGCCGCUAUACCAAAGAUCUAGGAGAAUACGCCAAAGAUGAAGCGCGAAGACUCAGGCUUCUUGAACGAAGAAGAAAAAAAGAAGAUAAAUCAAGAAACAAGGAACUGUUGGGAGUGCGGGAUAACAGAUUUUUCAAGGCCGGCUCAUGGUUCUGGCGGAAUACGUUUGCCCGUCUGGGCGAAGAUUGGGUCUUCCUGGCCUUGCUCGGUAUCAUCAUGGCGUUACUGUCCUACGUUAUGGAUAAGGGUAUUGCAAUGUGCACCAACUCUCGAGUAUGGCUCUACCGAGAUCUCACCAACCACCCGGUGGCGCAGUAUCUGGCUUGGGUAUCCCUGCCGGUGAUCCUCAUACUCUUCUCCGCCGGUUUCGUACACCUGGUGGCACCGCAAAGCAUAGGUUCCGGUAUUCCGGAAAUGAAGACCAUUCUGCGGGGUGUAGCACUGAAAGAAUAUCUCACCUUCAAAACACUCGUUGCCAAAGUGAUAGGCCUAACGGCGACCCUGGGCUCCGGUAUGCCACUCGGCAAGGAGGGCCCAUUUGUACAUAUAGCUAGUAUAGUAGCGCAGUUAUUAAGUAAAAUUAUAACAUCAUUCCAAUCGAUCUACGAGAAUGAAUCCCGCAACACGGAAAUGUUAGCGGCGGCCUGUGCGGUUGGUGUGGGAGCCUGCUUUGCGGCACCGGUUGGAGGUGUACUAUUCAGUAUCGAAGUCACCACGACCUACUUCGCGGUUCGAAACUAUUGGCGAGGUUUUUUCGCGGCGGUCUGCGGGGCCACCGUGUUCCGGCUACUGGCAGUAUGGUCCCAGACGGCGGACACCGUGACGGCCCUAUUCGCCACCAACUUCACGGCGGACUUCCCUUUCGAUCCGCAGGAGUUGUUCGUUUUUGCACUGAUUGGCCUCGUUAGCGGACUUGGAGGUGCGCUCUACGUGUGGGUUCACCGAAAGUACGUAUUUUUUAUGCGAUCUAACAAAGGGAUGAACAAGUUUCUACAGAAGAAUCGUUUCCUGUACCCCGGAAUACUGGCACUUAUCGUGGCAACUCUUUCAUUCCCUCUUGGUUUCGGCCAAUUCAUUGCCGGAGAACUAAGUACCCACGAGCAGGUGCUGCAACUAUUCUCGAACUUCACCUGGAGUAAGCACGAACUCACCGUGGAACAAGCGGCUGUCGUUUCCAACUGGCGGACAGCAUACACAGACGUUUUCGCUAAUUUGUUAAUUUAUUUGUUAUACACAUUCUUCUUUUCCAUCAUCACCUCGACCAUUCCGGUUCCAUCUGGUAUCUUCAUUCCUGUGUUCAAAAUCGGUGCUGCCCUGGGACGGUUAGUCGGUGAAGCAAUGCACCUGUGGUUCCCAUAUGGGGUCCGCUAUGGUGGCAAACUGGCACCAAUUAUUCCCGGUGGUUACUCGGUAGUUGGAGCAGCGGCUUUCUCCGGUGCUGUAACCCACACCGUUUCGGUUGGUGUUAUCGUAUUUGAGAUGACCGGACAAAUCACGCACAUUGUUCCGGUGAUGAUCGCUUCGCUGGUUUCGAAUGCGGUGGCAGCACUGUUACAACCGUCCAUGUACGAUAGCAUUAUCCUAAUUAAAAAGCUGCCCUACCUUCCGGAUCUACUGCCUAGUGGUUCGGGUAUGUACAAUAUCUACGUCGAAGACUUUAUGGUGCACGAUGUGAAAUACAUUUGGAAGGGAAUCUCGUAUCAAAAAUUGAAGGAAAUUUUGAAAACCAACAAAGCUUUACGGAGUUUACCGAUCGUCGAUAGUCCAGACAAUAAGGUACUUCUAGGAAGCGUUCAACGCUACGAACUGAUUAAAAUGAUCGAUAAACACAUUGGUCGCGAAAAACGACUUGAAGUUGCGGCCAAGUGGAUGAAAGAAGCCGAAGAAAAGGCUAGAGAAGAGCAGGAAAGACUACAACGAGAGGCCGCCGAAUUGCAGAAAACUCGUCGCCCAUCACGAUUCGAAGUAAGCCCGGCUCCGGACAUACUGGAACUGCGUGCACGAGCCAACAAUGAAAUGUUGCCUCCUCAGGCGAAGAAGGAAACCACUUCGCAGUACAGUCCCGUGUUUGGCUCUCAACCGAAGAAAUCUAUCCUGAAAAAGACAAACUCGUUCACAAUGAAGGGAUUCACUCCACUGUCACCGCAUAGUCCUGUGCAAACACCCUACACCACCAUAACUGGAACAGAAAGCCGAAUACGGUCCGCCUUUGAUAUAAUCUUCCGAAAAUCAGCUACCCUGCAAGACGUUACACCCGAUCCUGAAAUAGGUUCGAUUGGCACACCGAGCAUCAUUGUAACAGAAGGAGUACCACUCACGCCGGGAAUCUCCAAGAAGGUGCAACUGCCGCGAGAACGUGUUAUCGAUAUGUCGCACGAAGAUCAGAAAGCAUGGGAACUGGAGGAGAUGGGCAAACCAAUCGAUGUAGAUCAUCUUCAUAUCGACCCAGCACCUUUCCAGCUAGUAGAGCGUACUUCAAUUCUGAAGGUUCACUCGCUAUUCUCGAUGGUUGGUAUCAACCAUGCGUACGUAACAAACGUCGGACGACUGGUCGGCGUUGUAGCAUUGAAGGAGCUGAGGGUAGCCAUAGAGAACGUCAACAGCGGAACACUUACGCCGGAGUCGGUAAAACAAAAACAGGAGGACGAAGCUAGGGCAUCGGCUCAGAGAGAGUCUGAACAGAACAACCCAUCAUCAGAAGACCCACUCUUACCGAAGGGAGCCAGCGAUAAUUAUAGCGACAAAAAAGUAAAUAAUACCAUCACGUCAAUGGACUCGGCACUUUCCAAUUCGGACAAUUGUUCCGAUAUUGAACUAGACCACAUCAGGUUUACAAAUGCCAAGAAUAGCACUACUACUACUACUACCGGCAUUAACACUAACAACAACAACAAUAGCAACGGUGGUGGCAACAACAACUCACACAGCCACGGCGGCGCUCAACAAUAUUCAAAGAAUUAAAUAGAUCGUGAUCGUGGUCGAUAAUUUAGGAAAAAAUCAUGUGAUCCUAAUUUUAAACUCUAAUCUGUUAAGAUCGGUGAUGUGCAUCCAUGCAUAUCACAAACCAAUGGUUUCCCGACUCGAACGCCACAAUAAAAUAAUCAAUGACAUCAAAUGGCAUUCUUUACGAUCGUAAGGAAGCAGACACUUUAUAGAUGGUGCCACAGUUGCUCCAAACUAAAUGAAGAAAGAAUAGUGACACUUACUGUUGGUGUCAACGAACCACAGGGUACAUCAAUUUGGUUUGUUUUUACAUCAUUACUGUUGCACUUGUUAUGUUUAGUUAUACCCAUCAGCCAAUCACCACAAGUUGGGAAUUUAUGUUAACUGUGAAUGUUGAUAUAGGUUUAAGUUACGCAGCUAUUAACAAAUUUUAGGAGAUUUCUCGUCAAAGACGAAUAUAAUUUAUGUAAAUGAAAGACAUUGUGUUUUACCUUUGAAACAACUAACUGAAACUAGUAGUAUCGAUCUACUCAUAUUAAACAAUUCGAAAUCAGGAUGAUAUAUGCUACAGUUUACAAAAAAAGACACUAGAGUCCUCAACAGUAAACCUACUUCGAUUCGUUUUGGUACACUGUGAAAAAUAAAACCAAAUAAUACCUUCA